UCAAUGUCAAUUUGUAAUAAAUAAUUUGAGGUGUCAUUUUGUGUAAAAAACUGUGAAUUUAAUUUUAAAUUAUAAUAUUAAUUAAGUAGUUUAGAUAUAUUUUAUAAUAUAUCAUAAUGGCUGAACUACUUCUAGAUCCUAAUAUAAGGUUAUGGGUGUUUCUUCCCAUUGUAAUCAUCACCUUCCUGGUUGGUAUUGUGAGGCACUAUGUUUCAAUCAUUUUGUCCUCCCAGAAGAAAAUUGAGCUUCUCCAGGUUCAAGACAGUCAAGUGAUGAUUCGCGCUCGUCUGCUGCGCGAGAACGGCAAGUACCUGCCGCGGCAAUCCUUCGCGAUGCGCCGCCACUGGUUCAACAAUGAAGAGACUGGUUACUUUAAGGUGCAGAAGAGGGCUGCUGCUUCACAGAACCCCAUGACUGACCCUGGCAUGAUGACAGACAUGUUGAAGGGAAAUGUAACCAACGUGCUGCCCAUGAUUGUUAUCGGAGGCUGGAUCAACUGGAUGUUCAGUGGUUUCCUUACCACCAAGGUACCAUUCCCGCUCACACUGCGCUUCAAGCCGAUGUUGCAGCGUGGCGUCGAGCUAGCGUACUUAGACGCUUCGUGGGUCUCCUCUGCGUCCUGGUACUUCCUCAAUGUGUUUGGCUUACGCACCAUCUAUGCUUUGGUCUUGGGAGAGAAUAAUGCUGCUGACCAAUCCAAAAUAAUGCAAGAACAAAUGUCUGGCGCCGCUAUGGCCAUGCCUCAAGACCCGAAGGCCGCAUUCAAGGCAGAGUGGGAAGCUCUCGAAAUCACUGAACAUCGCUGGGCAAUCGCCAAUGCAGAUAUAGAUGUCCUCAGCACUUUAGAAGAACAUCAAUCAUAAUUACUGGCUCCUAUGUUAUGAUUAUCAUAUCUAGAAUAAUUUAUAAUCUGUAAGUUAAGGUGUUAUAGCAAAUGUGGUGUAUGUGGUAAUAAAUGACUGUUUAUUUAUUGACCAA